GAUCAUAUCCGGCCUCGGCGGUGUGUCGAUGUCGUUUGGGUUGGAGCUGGUGGUCGUCCAUGAAGAUCCAAGAGAAUGGAGGUCAGCGGAGCUGGACGAAGAUUGCUCUGACUUCGCUCUCAGCUAUGGUGGCGGAGACGACGACAUUCCCCAUAGACUUGACGAAGACCAGGCUUCAACUCCACGGCCAGUCUCUUUCCUCCACUCGCUCCACUAACGCCUUCCGAGUGGCCUCAGAGAUCGUCCGCAGCGAUCAAGGCCUUCUCGGUCUCUACAAGGGCUUGUCACCCGCCAUUCUCAGACACCUCUUCUACACCCCAAUUCGAAUAGUUGGCUAUGAACAUUUCAGAAGCAUAUUUGGAACCGAUGCUGACUCGCUUUCUCUCUCGUCCAAAGCUCUCAUCGGUGGUCUCUCCGGCGUUGUUGCUCAGGUAGUAGCAAGCCCUGCUGACCUUGUUAAGGUGAGAAUGCAAGCUGAUGGUCGUAUGGUCAGUGAAGGCCUUCGGCCUAGGUACUCAGGACCCUAUGAUGCUUUAAACAAGAUUGUUCAUUCAGAAGGAUUUGGAGGACUUUGGAGAGGGGUCUUUCCCAAUGUUCAAAGAGCAUUCUUGGUAAACAUGGGAGAGUUGGCUUGCUAUGACAGUGCAAAACAUUUUGUUAUCCGGAAUAGAAUUUGCGAGGAUAACAUAUAUGCUCAUACCUUAGCCUCUGUAAUGUCAGGCCUUUCGGCCACUGCUUUAAGUUGUCCUGCUGAUGUAGUCAAGACAAGGAUGAUGAAUCAGGCAGUUGGCAAAGAGGAGAAUCUUGUGUAUAGGAAUUCUUAUGAUUGUUUGGUUAAGACUGUCAAAAUUGAAGGACUCAAAGCACUUUGGAAGGGUUUCUUCCCUACGUGGGCUAGGCUUGGUCCUUGGCAAUUUGUCUUCUGGGUGUCUUAUGAGAAGUUUAGGAAAGUUGCAGGGCUUUCUUCCUUCUGAUAUAAUAAUCUACUGCCAUUGGAUUCCUUUUCACAAGCUUUUAUGGUCGGUUGAUUGAAAAAAAACUUAGAUUUUAGAGUUGGAGCAUCUAUUGUUAAGAUUAGUUUACUUUUUCAUAGUUGUUUACUUUCUGUAAACUAUGAUUAGAUAGCAAGCAUAAAAAAAUACUUGCUUUUAUCUCUGUUCCAAAAAUGGAUGAGUUAUUGGGAGAGCUUGCUAAAUGUUGCUAGGAUGUAACAACUUUCGCUCGUAUUUCAUUUGCACAAGUUAUUGCCUUUUAGAGUUCAAUAACCAA